AUGAAUAGAGAUGUUUUUUUGGCGCAAGUGCUGGUGAUUCCUAAACCCGCAGGUCCGAGAAGAUUCCUCAAUGCUUUGCACACGACCACGAACAAGAUUGUGGUGGACCCCGUUUACAUGCCCAUCGCGACCUCACCGAUGAGUCCGGGUACCCCGUGCACGAACGAAUCAUACCUCGCUAACGGCGUCGAAGUCAAUCCGAUGGAACAUAUCGGUGAACAACCCAAUAACUAUUUUCCUCCCGAUGCAUCCAGUGCGGUCCUACGUUCAAACACUCCUUCACCUUCGAACAGCAACGUUCCACGACCGGUGGUUAACUCUAACGGUAGUCCGUCGAGUCCCCGUGGCAUAGUAAUCUUUCCGAGACCGUCAAGAAGUGCCGAGGGUCGUACAAGUAAAAUCGUGGGGAAAAGUAAUUCGGCGUCAACCACUCCCAUCAUUUACACAAGCUCAACAUCCAGCAGAAUCUUAUCUAACAACCAAUCUCCGGGAACUUUGUCACCCACGUCCGGUCUACCACCCACAAAUUUCUUCCCAGAGAUUCCCACUGCUGUCCCCGCCUCCGAGUCACCCAGCGUCCUGCCCAACGCGCCGAUGCCAACCUCACCUCAACCGACGACUCCCGCACAACAACCUUCGACCGCCACGCAGAAUCAAUCGUCGCAUCGACGAAAGGCGAAACCGGCUGCCAAUCGUUUAUUUGGCGUCAUCCCUCCGAUUAACGUGUUGAUAGUGGAAGAUAAUCCGAUCAAUCAGACAAUCCUGUCGACGUUCAUGAGAAAGAAAAAGAUCAAAUUCGAAUGUGCUGCCAACGGACAAGAGGCCGUGGAGAAGUGGCAGAAGGGGGGAUUCCAUUUGGUGUUGAUGGAUAUCCACAUGCCGGUGAUGGACGGAAUCGAGGCUACAAAAACAAUACGACGACUAGAAAAAUCACAGAAGAUCGGUGUUUUCCCACCCACACCUCCGGCACAGUCGGCACCAUCCUCGGCAUCAUCCACACCCGCAUCGACUCCAUCGCAACAAGACCCGCCCGACAAUCGAUCACCGGUCAUCAUAGUGGCGCUCACGGCUUCUUCCUUAUCGUCAGACAAGCAAAACGCUUUGGCGGCGGGAUGCAAUGAUUUUCUCACCAAACCGGUGAGCCUCGAGUGGCUUGAAAAGAAGAUAAACGAGUGGGGUUGCAUGCAAGCGUUGAUCGACUUUGAUGGGUGGAGAAAAUGGAAGAAAGGCGGCGAAGAGACGGUUUCCAAAUCGGACGAAAAGAAAUCGAGGACAAGCAAAUCUUCAGGACCAUCGGGUGAUGAAAACAAGAAGGGUGCUACUGCUACCGAAAGAAGUGGCGUCGUUCGGAGACAAUCGGGAUCAGCCAAAAGCAGCGAUACUAGCAUUGGUAGCAUUGGUAGUAGCAGUAGCAGUCACGGUGAUAGCGGUCAAGGUGACAAUGUAAAAGAUAAAGAAUCAUCAAAUCUUGGAAAUGUUUUGACAAAGGAGGACAAUGCGAUUUCCGAAUCACCUAUACCAUUGAAAGAUAUACCGGAAUCGCAUAAUUCGGUCACCACAAAAACUGGAAACGGGUUUAUACCCACCUCUCCAACUGGCCACGGCACGACCCAUCGGUUCUCAUCGAAUCCGGUAUCGCCGAGAUCUCACUUGAUGCAACGUAGUUCAAGCGGCGGACUCAUCACUCCAACACAUUCCAAUGAUGCAGUACCUCCGAAAUCUUCUGAAAUUUUGGUCAAAGAUCAUAGUGGUGACUAUGACAUAUCAUCAUCAAUUUCCAUCAUAAAUUUUACUGACUCUGCGAUUGCCAAUAAUGCCACGUCACCACCAUCCACGUCGAUAGACACGCCACCGCGCAACAGUGAACCAUCACAAAAGAGGUUUGGUCGAAAACGGGGAAAUACAUUUUCUUCGUCGUUAACGGAAGGCCUUUGA